ACUUCUACGCCAAAAGGUACUCUCGAAACGAUUCUGGUUUGGAGUCUCCUGAUUUUUCUGAUGAAUCGACGGUUUCACUAGCAAAUUUAGAAUCGCCAAGUGUAGUGCUCAAAAAUACGCUUGAAGAACUGCAAUCAGAAGUUGCAAAUUUGAAGGACGAGUUAAUUGUUUUACGAGAAAAGGAAAAUCAACAACAUCCAAAGAAAGUUGAUAUACCCAAUGAAGUUAAAUAUAUUGUAAAGUGUGGAUAUAUCGAAGGAGGAAAACUAAAUAAAGGAAGUUAGAACUUUGCUCAAUACAUGACACCUUUCGACGAAUCAAAUUUGCCUCUGACAACUUAUAUAAAGGAAUAUGUAUCUGGGAUCAACAAUGUUAAUGAUGUGAUAUUAAACGCUGCUAUCAAGCGUUACUUUGUUUCACAAAAAACAAUGGCUAAAAAGAAGUUAAAAGAUCCCAACUAUAAAGAAGCACAAGCACGAAAGCAAAGAAAAUUGAACAAACUGAAACGUCGAAGAAAGACCGUGGCUACUAAUAAAUUGUUGUCAGAAGAAAAACGGAAAAAUUAUAUAGACCUGAUACAAUUGGAGUACCUUUCCUCUGAAAGCGAAGCGGAAGACGAGAAUGGCCACCAAGUGUUCCAGUUGCACAUUCCAAAUUGGAGGGCGAAUCGGUUGACAAGAGUCUACAGGGCAAUAGAUGAGUCUGCAAAGAAAGGAAUGUCUUCUUCCGCAAGACGACAAUAUCUGCCGCGUAUUGAAGGAAGAGUAAAAAUAUGUGAUGCACCCAAAGUAAUUAAUCCUGACUUUGGAUGGAUUGUUAAGAAACAAUAACAUUUACCCACAUUGCGCAGAUAAAUUAUAUAUAGUUUACAAUGUAGCCUUUGUUGUUGCAAAGUUGUCACUCAAUAUUACUUCUUAAUAAUCCAAAGUAAUCAUAUUUGAUCUGUUCUUUGGCUUUUAUUUUUUUAAUGUUAGUUAUACAAAAGGGUUCUCCUGCAUAUAUUUAGUAUUAGAAAAGCGUUGACUUUUAUAACUUUAUAGCGACUUAGUGAGAUGCUCACACUUCUUAUCUUAAUUUUUUAAUUAUAUAAACUACUUUUUUUAAUCAAACGUGUCUUUUUUUAUGCAUAUUUUUUUAUUUAUAUAGACAAAAACUAAAAAAAUUUAUUACAACACAGUUGUACAAAGCGUUAUUUUAUACAAUUUUAUGCAGAUAUUGGUACAUUUAUCUUAUUUUUUUAUUUAUAUAGACAAAAAUUUUAAGAAAUAUUUUAUUACAACAUAGUUGUACAAGAUGUUAUUUUACUUAGUGUUAUGCAGAUGUUUAUACUUUCACAACUAUUAAGAAACUUUAGCAGGCUGAAAAGUCUCAGAAACUUGUACAUGUAACAGGAAAAAUACGUCGUUCAUAUAUAUCAAAACCAUAGUCCAAAGUUCAAUAAAGCCUUGUAAAUUAAAGAUUUUUUUAGUUGUUAACAAGAUGUUCAUACUUUUUUAUUCUGAAUCUUUUAUUUCGGAUGAGCAUUGUUUUUUAAAUGUAUAUAUAUUUUUUAACCUAUGUAAACCAUGCUAUUUCUUAAUAAAUGAUGAACUUUCAACAUCGAUUUGUGAUAUCGUAAAAAUUAGUAGGCGCU